AUGGGCCCCUCGGACGAGUGCCUUCUUUAUGCCGAGCUGCUGGCCAACAUUCGCCAGAUUUCCCUCGCCGCAUCGCUCCCUACACCAUGCGAUGCGUCGACCCAACUUGCCCUUUCGGCCGAUGGCCAAACCGUCCAAUUGAAGCAUGGCCGCAGCAGUUUCCAUCUGACAUUGCCGGCAAAGGCAUCCUUGGGUGCCAAGCUGCUUCCUAUCCAGGACCAGCAGAAAGGCCGCACAAGUCUCGCAUGGCGUCUGCCACUCGAUGCGACAUCGCUCUCGACCUCCCACCAAGCCGAUCCAGUUCCGUGGUCUGCGACUGACCUGGAUCCUAGCUCCGGCGUCGCUUGCAGACAAUGUAGAGCGGUUGUUGUGCCCUCUGGCGCGGUGAAAUCAUGGAAGGAUCUCCCCAGCGAGAACUGGGCCGAGAUGAUGGAGUUUUGGCACUGCCACAAGCCCGACCACAAGCACAGGACAGACCACGGGGAAGAGUCUGGAGAGGCAGAUGAUAGGACCCUCGCCGCCCGAGGUUACGGCGCUUCCUCAGCGAUCUCGGCUCAGGAAGGUGUUGGCUUCGUGGACUUGACGACCUUGCUCCUGGCCGAGUCGGACUGUCAGAAUGUGACGCUGGGCUUCUUCGACUUUCGGGCCGUCGCACUCACCCUGCUCAAGUGGCAGAUUGCCUGCGCGUCCGCCUCGUGCGUCGCCCCUGGCAUCCCUGAAUGCCUUGCAGCCACCAUCGUCUCCACCAUUUCGCGGUGCGGCGCCGCCAAAUCGCUAAUUACACCAUUACCGGAAACCAUCCGAGCAGGCGAAGAACAUGGAGUUGCGCGGGGCGCUAUCCACAUCUGGGUGCUUAAUAGCAGCAUCGUGUACUCUUCCAAUGGUACCUCGCGAAUCACUCCAGCGAUCAAGCUCCUUUACCGGCCGAUCAGCCGGGGCGAAGCCCACAAGAUGCUCGAGGAAAUCAACUGCGACGCCCAGGAGAUCAAUCUACCCGCGCAGGCAAUUGGGAAGGUCGUCCAUCACUUGGAGGAAAGCAAUGCGCUGCUACCGCCUACAGAGCGUCUUUUCAAGGAGUGGAGGGUUGGGUUGCUCACAAGGUGGGAGUUCAAGGCGUGA